CCGUACACUACGCCGGAGCUGCGCUCUCAGAUUGUAGCAUGGCGGUAUGAACAGGGCCUUUCUGUUCAUGAUAUCCACAAACUAUGCGGUUACUCUCUCAGUACGAUCUAUGAAAUCCUCAGCAUCUACCGGACAUAUGGGCAGGUUGUUGACCCAAGCAAUCGACCCCGAGGACGACCUCGUAAACUCGACAUGAGCGACCUGGAUUUCAUCCAUGGCUUACUGAGGGACAACCCGGCCCUGUACCUCGAUGAAAUACAGGAGAUCCUCAGUGAACACAAA